AUGAUUAUUAUAAUAUUCAUGAAAAAAGAAGACCAGAUAAUACUAAUUUAUCAGGAGUAGCUCAUUUAGCAACAAUAAAUAUUGAUGCAUCAAUUAUUUGUAAGCAACUUAUUAAUAAGUAUCAAGGGCUUUUUGAUAUUUCUUAUACACAACAUAAAAUUCAAUGGGCUAGUACAAAGCAAUCUGAAAGUUUUAAAUUUGAUCGUAUUGAUCAACUUACUGAACAGCUUCUUCAUUCUAUGCAAGAUUAUUUAGAAAUUUUAAAUAUAAUACUUAAAUAUAAUGAAACAACAAAUCAUUUAAAUAAUUAUAUUGUUCCAGUAAUUGCAGAUUGGCCAGGACAAUUAUUUAUUAGAAGAGCUAUUACUCAAUUGUAUAAAAAUAAUUCAAAAUCACAAAUUUUAUCUGAAGUAAUUUCAUUUGUUUCUAUUCUUGCACCAUUACAUGUUAGUCUUAAUAGCAGAGAGCAAGUUAUAAAAAUUUAUUAUAGCUUCUUUAAAAAAUUAUUUCAUAUUAAUUUUAAUGAUUAUUGGAUUAAAAAUAUUCAUAACAGAAUUAGAGCAUCAACAACAUGCAAAGAUAAUGCAAAUGAUAUUCAAAAACAAGCAUAUUUAUUAGAAGCAUUUACAAAUACUAAAUAUUAUCUAUAUUCAUCAUCUGAAUUAGAUUUUUUAACUAACAAAAUAUGUUUAUUUUUACUUCAACAAUUUCAAGUAGUUUUUGAAGAAUAUCAAAAAAAAUUAAAAGCUAAUGCUACAUUAUCUAUAACAAAACCAAAACCAAAAUCAAAAAAAGAUAAAAAAGAUUCAAAUAUUGAAUUUAUUACUAUAGAUCAUAUAGAUGAAAAAGUACUACCAGCAGGAUAUCAUACUACAUAUCUACCUAUUUUUAAUAGCUGUAAUUAUUGCUAUAAAUCAUUUGAGCAAGAUUCUGAUAGAACAAUUUUGAUAUAUGGUCAUGAAUAUCAUUAG